CACGUCCACGCGAACGCGAAUACAACUUCCCCUCGAUGACUGCUUUUGGAUGAGCCUUUGCUACCAGUGAUUGCUAUAUUGCACCGCACUAUCCAGGCGCUGACACCUCAACUUGGACGACAUGGAUCUCGCGGCGGACGAGCCCAGGAGCUCGCAGGAGUCCAACCCCAUCGACAAGCUCGACGACCUCGCUGAGUUUGCGGGGAAUGGCGGAGACAACAAGUUCCAGACUGCUAUCGCCGCGUGGAGGAACAUCGAUUUGACCACCCUGAUUCCCACCCUCGAUACCGCUGCUUCCGACAUCGUAGCGCACCAGAGAGACACCCUUACACAGCGGAAAGACUUGGCACAGAAAACGAAGGACUUCCGAAAGCUCGAUGAUGCGAGCAAGCUCAGCGAUAUCAAGGGGUUGUUGAAGUCAUACCAAACUUUCAUUGAUCUAAUAUCCAACCAGUCUAAGGCUGUCCAGGCUGCCUUCUUCCAAGUCUAUUCACCACUCUCAGAAGCGCCCGAUCCAUAUCCCCUACUUGAAGCCUCAAUCGACUCCCUUGUCACUGCCGAAGAAACGGUACCCAAACUCACAGCGGAGAAUGAACAUUUACAAAGGACUGUUUCGAACCUUACGACACAGUUGGAAGAGACGGAGAGCAAAUUAGAACAAGAGCGUAGUGCUCGGCAAUCACUCGAAGAAUCGCGAGAUUCUAAGAUCAAGGAGGUGGGCUCAUCAUGGGAGGCAGUAUUGGCGGAGAAGCAGGAUAACUGGGAGGCCAAAGAAAAGAGUUUAGAGGAGAAGGUUGAGAACCAGGAUCGAUUGCUGAAGGAACUGAAAGCCAGCUAUGAAGUUUCACAGCGGCUAGGGCGAGGCGAGGAGGGUGAGAGCGAAGCUAGCCUUGGAGGCGCUACUGCUGCUGAGCUAGAGAUUGUUAGUUCUGAGCUCGAGAGGACAAGCAUUCGAUUGGCAGAGGUCGAGGCAAGGAACGAGCAGCUACGCUUGGAGCUCGCACAGUCCGCGUCGAGCACCCAAAGCUCUCAGCAGCAAGUUGUCAUUGAGGAUGAACCUGCCUUCCUGCGACUCCGGUCAGAGAACUCUUCCCUGCUUCGAAAGCUGGAAUCGGCAAAAUUCGAGAAGGACUCUGAGAAGAGGCGCCUGGAAACUGAGAGUCGCAGUCUUGAGCGUGAAAUCGCUUCGUUGAAAGGUGAGAGGGAGAACCUUCGGGAGAAGGUGCAGAAGUGGGCAGACUACGAAAAUGUCAAGCAGGAGCUAGAAGUUCUCAAGUCUAUCGAAUUUUCUACUGGAGACGAGGAUGACGGAAACAUCCCAUCCGAAGAAGCUACUCAUCACCAAAAUGGCACUUUAAGCAAAUCUAAGGGUGAGACAUUGGAGCAACUCUUGCUUGCUCGAAAUAAGAAGCUCAAUAACGAGCUCACCGUUCUUCGCGUGUCGCACCAAGACCUCCAAAGCCGUCUUGAAUCGCUGCAAGAAGAGCUUUCAAGCACCAACAUGGAGCUUGAGAAGUCGAGGCGUCUGACAGAGACGCUUGAAAACGACCUGGAGAAGGUGCAACAGGAGGCAUCCAAUGCGUUCCCCUCAUCAGCCAUGUCGGUAGCUGGGACUUAUGCAUCUCGGUACCCACAAUCCUCAUUUGGAGGCCGCCGGAAGCAGUCUUCGCCCACGUCGUCGAUUAUAUCGGGAUUCGACCCUCAACAGGCGUCUUUGAAUACGAUGGAGGCGAUUCGAAUGGGCGAGCCUGUGGGAGGUGGGUCCGGUAUUCUUCCCAUGGUCACGGCCCAACGGGACCGGUUCAAGAAACGGAACUCCGAAUUAGAGUCAGAGCUGUCGAAAGCAUACCAGAAUGUGUCCUCGCUCCGGUCAGAGAUUGCGUCUCUACAAAAAGACAACCUUGACUUAUACGAGAAGACUCGAUACGUCUCGACCUAUAAUAGGGGUCACCCUGCAGGGUCGUCAGCAUUGCAGUACUCGACGAAUCCCAAUCCCUCGACGAUUCAAGUUUCCUCGGAUACCUCAUCCGGGCUCACGAUGGACAGAUAUCGGUCGACGUACGAGCAGAACAUCUCGCCGUUCGCAGCAUUCCGGGGCAGAGAGUCGGCUCGGGCGCUCAAGCGAAUGAGCGUGUUUGAGAGGAUAGUCUUUCGAAUUACGCGGCUGGUUCUUGCGACACGAACCAGUAGGAACCUCUUUGCAGCGUAUUGUCUAGGGCUCCAUUUAUUGGUGUUUUUCAUGCUGUACUGGGCGGGCACAGCGGACAUCGAGAAGCACUCGGCGAACCUGGGCGAGGCGGCACUGGCAGCGGCGGCUGGAGGAGGGCCUGUGGAUGGCGGUGGUGAAGCCAAUCCUGGAGAUUGGCACCAGGAGGGGUUCCAGGAAGGUGGUUAGCGAUUUCAAGAGGGUUUCUGGGGCGUGUAUUGUGUCGCUGUAUUAUUAGCCGUCGUCAUCACAAGGACAUCCACAGGCCUGACAAACACGCGUGUGUCUAAUUGUUACUGGGGUGUUCUAGCAAGCUGCCGUCUUCUCUUCGCGCUGGCAGUGUCUUCGCUAAGAUUAAAUCAGGAAGGUUACGCAUGGCGGCGGCAAUAUCUCGACCAAUGUCUCGGCGCCAGCAGCAUUUUGCAGCCUCAAAGGUUCGACUACUCGCCCGGACAGCCCAGAUACAGGCCCGCCCUCAGUGGUUCUCGAGAUCCACCGGCAUUACGUGGAGCCCUUGGAAACCUUGGUGGCAAUACAGUAGGUUCUGGGCGGAAUGGUGCGUCUCCGGUCAGAUGUCGUUCACAUGGCCUCGUCUUGACACCAGAGCCACGAAACAAGCG